UAUAUGUUUGUGUAUAUAUAUAUUUGUAUAUAUAUAUACUUGUAUAUAUAUAUAUAUAUAUAUAUAUAUAUAUAUUUGUAUAUAUAUAUAUAUUUGUAUAUAUAGGCCUAGUAGAUUGUAUUCAGUGUAAACAAACAAGUUUCGGCAAAUCCUUCGCAAUCUCCAGUGAAACGAUGAUAAAACAUGCAACCUCCUUUAUAAAGGUAGUGAACAACUGUGAAGCAUUUAUUUUUAAAGAAAAAAAAUGGGAAUUGAGCCAUAGCUACAUGUAAAAGUUGCUAACUUUUUCAUUCUGAUGUUCAUCAUUACGUUAUCAUCUUUAUUCAUGCAAUUCCUUCUUUUUUACAAUUACGGUUCUGAUGGAAUCUUUAAAAUGCAAUGUGAUGUUUGUUUGAAGUAGCCAUGGCUCAAUUCCCAUUUAUUUAAAAUACAGUGGUUCAUAGUUGUUCACUCUGUUUCAUGUUUGUUUAUACCGAUCUAAAUGGAAGUUAGAUGAUGUUGUUACAAUAAUUUCCGACUGUUGUUCAGUGUGAUAUGUAGUAAAUUAAAGCGUUAAAACUUGGUUACAAGUGCGUUACGUAUCGUUACAAAUGCGUUACUUUUUUAAAAGCAUAGUUUACAAUUAUGUCAACAAUUUUAAAUGCUAUGUGUUAUGUGUUGAAUAAAUGACCGUUUGUUAAUAAUGAUUUAUAAAAAGUUAAUCUUAUAUUAUGUGUUGUAUUUUUAUACUCGUCAUUCCCUGUUAGAUGAGAUAAAUAAAAUUUUUUAAAAAGUAUAUAAACAAAAAAUUAUAUAACAGAAUAAAAAUUAAAGGACGGACUCCAGUGACAAGAUAAUCAAGUGUUAGCAUGGAAUUAUAAAUAACAUAGAACUUGUAUAAUAUACGCUCUUAGCUACAACAAAGUGAUUUUUCAACUAAAAUGGCGUUUUAUUUUAUAAUAAUCAGUGAUAAUAUUCAGAUUAUUGAAGGCUAAACCAUGGAGUUAUAAAAUCAAAAUAAUUAUAACUCCAUGGCUAAACUGACAUUCGGAAAAAUAUAAAUACAUGGACCAGUGUAGCGUUAGCUUGCUUCACAUUCAACCACUGGACAUCUCCGAGAAGAAUUGGUUCUACUAACUAAGCCUCCGCAAGAAGAGUCAACCAACGACGAUGUUAAGGCUGGCGCGCGACGCCUCUUAUACCAAUAAUUCAUAUCAACAAUAUAAUACAAUUAUUUUUCUUAAUACAAUUUAGUAGGGUUCAAUCGCACCCUCUGCAUCCCACCCCCUACAUCCACCCCAGGUUUUAUCCUGCUUUAAAUUUGAGAUUGGUGUACUUUGUAUUAGGCCUAUUUUUGCGGUAUUGGAAACGUAAUAAAAAUGCUUCGUUUAACAUUCGAGUUUUAACUUCAGUUCGUAUGUGUUGUUUAUGAAUUAUGAAAACAUAGGGGGCGUACUUCACCACGCCUUGUAAUUAGAACAUGAGUGGACCAUUUCUUUGUAGGUCUAUUUUAAAUUAAUAUUUAAAAUAACGUUUUGAUAAAUAAGUAUUAUCUUCAUGGAUGUUUGAUAAUAAUGUUUGGCGUAUCUUACUGGUUGUCUUACCAACAGCUGUGUUGAUAAAAUCUCAUUGAUUUAUUAUGACGUAAGCGAUACGGAGUCAAUACUCAGAGAUAGCACUAGAUUCCUUUCCUGUAAACACCAACGCCGGAAGAUAAGAACUCGAAAGAAAACGUGAUUCUCAGUUUCCCAAUAAAAAUCACUCGCACCUUAAGUAAACAUUUGUGAUCUGUAUUAAACGACUGGUGUCAUACAGUACUGUGAAGUAACAUUAUACCUGAGUGCGUUUAUCGACUAUCGUCUCCGAUCAGAUUAUAUGGUAUGUCAGGUUGAUGACUAUUGGCAGAUUUAAAAUGAAUAGUUUCGGUAUCGAGUAGGUCUACAGUUGUGUUUUAUGAUGGCUGAGUGGUUUGACGGGAAAUCCGGCUGUUAAAUUGAAGGCAUGUUGAGGAAACCGGGCGGUUCAGCCGCCUACUACAAGUAUAUUGGUAUUUUAAAAAUGCAGCACAUAAUAAUUGCUAUAGGGCUAUCACUUGUAUGUACGGCAGUGACAUCUGUGGGUGUACAAACAUCAAUCGAGGCUUCAACGAAAAAUGCUUUAGUUAAAUUAUCACCAGAACUGCGAACAAACUCGCCAUCAGCAACUAUAACGGACGCGGAAACCGACGCCGAAAUCUUCCCCAAAUCAUUCUCUGCGGGCGCCACACUUCUAGGUAUUGGCACUAAGCCCACGAAAGGCACGACUGUUAGCAGUGCGGUUACGUCAGAGCACAUUUCGUUUACGUCAUCAGAACGUGCUGAGAGUAGGACGCCUUCAACGAGAAUGUCUACUACAGGUGCAUUUAACGUUUCUGUCGAGUCGGUUGGAAGCUUUGAUGCUGAGAAAGUCACAUGGCAUCUGCCACCAGUCACAACUAGAAUUAAACAUUAUAUCGUUCUAAACUAUAAACAGAAUUGUAACUCCGGUGAAUUAUUAGAUUCUAAAAUUGACUCGAAAAAGAUAAUUUCAAACGUUACAAUCACUUCAUUAAUAAUAGAUAAUCUAUCGUACCUAACAACUUACUGCGUAUGCGUAAUAAGCAUUGCAGGCUUGGAUGAAGAUGUAUCCGGAAUUAACAAUUGCAAGGAGUUCACAACCGAAUACAACCAUAUGAACACGAAAGCUGUAAUAGCACUAGGAAUUGCCUCGUCUUUCAUAAUGAUAUUUUGUAUUGUUGUUAUUUACAAUGUUUUAAGGAGUGCGAAAAAGUUGUCGAGGCAGUCCCACGACGAAGAACUGAUUGCGAGCGUUUAUAAUGACGUAUCAAGUGACCUUGGUGAAGACGAACAAUUACCGCCACCAACCGCCACUUAAUACUGUCAUCGUUGUUCAUUAUUAUUAAUAUCAAAGAUCUUAUAAUAGGAUCUUUGAAUAAUUAUUAUUUAUAUUUUAAUUUGCUUCAAUACUUUUGAUGAGUAUAAAAUUAUCAAAUAGAUAUGGAAUGGUUUAAUAUCCUUAAUGUCAGGAUUGGAAGGCGCGCCUUCUAUCAUGAAUAUGCUUUAAAUUACAGUUAUAACAGAUUCUUUAAACUUUCGGUACACCAUGUGUAAAAAUAUGGUUGGUUGUCUCUAUGUAAAGUCAUAGGUAAUUUAGGCCUACAUACCCGAGCGUUGAACGGCAUGCUCGCCUAUGGUUCUGGUAGUGGAACAAGUCUUCUCUUAUAGGCCUAAGGACUAUAAACCGUAAGCCCAGUGUACACCAUUUGGCUAAUGUGAACUUUAAAGAACCCAGUGCAAUUUUCGAGACUAAUAGGGAGUUACACCAGUGUACUGGUUCAUACAGCCCCUGUUGUGGAUAGACGAGAGAUAGCUGGUGUCGGUUUACCGGAUAGCCCAGACAUGAAGAGACCCAUAGGGGAGAAGAAAGUUACUGUACGAGCUAAACCACACCACACAUCGAACGCCUGAUCAGGCGCUUUGAUACUCCGGUAUAAAUUCACGUAAUGAGGUCGCGUUGAAGCAUUCGCUCAUUCAGCGUCAAGUUACGUUGUCGUGGAGAGAACGCAGAAUGGUCAGAGUGAAUUCGUUACGGUAACCUCGUCGCUCAAAUUGAUAGUUGUUCAUGUGGACAAGGCAAUGCUCAUGUUAUUGUGUUUAAAUAUUAUGUUAUUAAUUAUAUUGAUUAUUGGAUCUGAACGGGUAUUAAAUACUAAAUAAAGCUACCAAGGACAAAACCAACCUACGUUAUACUAAUAGUCUCUUCGAUCUAUUUGAUAAAUUUUUUUUGAAUAUUUUCUUUCUUCUUAUUACCUUACCUUUAUUUUCCUUUAUCCAUGUCUUUCCUUUUCUUCCAUUUGCUUUUUUUCAUUCCUAUUUUAUGUUUAUCCUUUACUUCCCUAUAAAUUUUGUCUUUACCUUUUCAUUGUUUCCUUUUCCUUCUUUUAUCUUUCUGUUUCUUUCAUUUCUUUCCUGUCCUUUACAUUCAUUUUACAACAAUAUAUUGUUGUAAUCAGCAUAGGCCUGUCCCAGUUUUUGUUUUUGUUUUUUUUUUCUAUACAAGACUACAGUAUAUCACGUAAUAACAAAUGGUAUUUAAGCAAGUCUAUUUGUUUUUUGCU